AUGGCACCCGUGGCUAAGCAAGAAAAGCAGGCCUCUGUCAGUGAAAACAAGAAAUCUCGGAAGAAGCUGAAGAGAAAGUUGAAAAAACCGAGAAAACUGUGCUUGAAAACCUGCUGGCUAAAGACACCCGAAGACUGGGAAAAGUUCGACACUUGGGCCGCAAAAAAUGCACUACCCAAAAAGCUACCUGAACCCGAACCCAUCGAGCGCCAAUCGAAACCCCUGAAAUAUCUGAAAAAACGCAUCCACGGGUUAUCGAAACCAUCGGUGCGCACAACACCCCCUCAAUGCAUGUUUCGCACAAUCAGCAAAGCCGCACUGAAGGCGAAGGCCAGUAAACGGCUGAAACAACUAGCCCAGCCGUUAGACCGGGACGAAUCGGACGACUGCCGGGAAUGGGGGAUUAGCCGGGCGGCUCUGAAGUACAAGGCGAGCAAUGCCAUUAUAAUGCUGAGCGAACCAAUCGAUCGACCAGAACCCGACGACUGCAGGGACGACACUUUCGUGUCCCCGGCAGCUCUGAAGCGGAAACCUAGCAGUAAGGAUGAGGAGCUCUCGAAACCCAAGAGGUUCAAGAGCGAGGAAUGUACCGCUGCUACCGGCGACAAACCCCAGCCGGUUGAGUGGUCCGAGUGGAUGGAGUUUUUGGUGAUUCCCUCGUACCGCGUGCUGAAGGAUCAAAAGACCGAAUUGGCGAUGAAGUUCAAGGAGCGAUUCUUGAGAGAAAUCGAGACGAGGAGCAGACGGGCGUACGAGGAGCAGAAGAAGAAACGCGCCGAAAAGAAGCGCAGGGAGGAAGAAAAGCGGAAAAAAGAGGAGGAGGAGGAUAGAAAGAAGAAAUUUGAGGAAGAGAAGAACCGGGGCGAGCUGGAGUCCCAAAAAAGCAAGACUACCGUGGCCGAAGGAGACCAAGAAGAGCCGGAAGCAAAAGCGGCAGAUGAGAAACCGAAGAAGAAGUUCCCAAGACCCGUGUUCAAAGAAGAUCCGGAUGAGAAGAAGCUUAGGAUAAAAAAGAGGGAGGCCUGGCGCUUCAAACCGGAUAUGAGCUGCCUAGAACGGAAGAUUCCUGAAUGCGCUCUAACUUACGAAGCCUCGGAAGAUAUCAUAAGAAUGGCGAAACCGAAGAAGCACGAAGAAAAAGGCUGCAAGGAUCCUUUCAAGAUCAAGAAAUCGGCCAUGACCGCCCAGAUCUCGCCUCGCGUCGAAGAACUGGCCAAGCCUAAGUAUCCCGUGGAAACUCUACCCAUGCCGGUGCCUCGUGAAAAGGACGAAUUUUGCCGCCCAAUAAUACCGAAACCGCCGUACGGGAAAAAACUUCCCAAAAGAAAGCCGUUCGUGGACACGAGACAGUGCCCGGAAAAGAAAGCGGAAGAAGAGACGCCACCCGUAGAAGAAGAAGAAAAGGGAGAAGAAGAGCCGGAGAAGAAGGUGGCCAAGCCGAAGAAAAAAUGCGUGGAUCCCAUUUUCGAUGAUCCAACGAUAGAUCCGCUCUUUGACUCGGUUGGUGCUGAAAAACAAGCUCGCGCGAGAAAACGUGCUGCGGAAGAAGCUAAAAAGGAAGCGGAAAAAAAGGAGAACGAAGAUACCGUGGGGUGCCAAUGA